AUGUCAACCGCUGCCGAAUUGCACUUCGACGAUUUGACUGUCGAAAGGAGCCUGCACUCGAAGUACGUGUCAAGUCCACGCAGACUAUCCACCGAACUGAAAGACCUUCUUGGGCCAGGCCAGUACAAAGUGGAGAUGCGUCACAAUGUCUAUAACAUCCGAACAUCUAAAGAGUUUGACUUGCAUGAGUUUUGGAUUCAGAAGCUAAGUCGCAAAAUCAGAAUGAACUCAUGA